AUGAGAUAUAAAGUCAACAUUGUACAAUUUUGUCAAUUCAUUGAAAAAGAUUCAUUAGAAUUAACUGAGUCUGAAAAAUCAAGAAAGAUUCUCAAAAUUUGCAACAUUUAUAAAUAGUAUAUUUAGUUAAAGGAUAUUGAAAGUAUAUAUUAAAACGAUGUUGCUCGAAUAAAAAAUUAGGAAUCUGUGAAUAAUAGAAACAAAGUAUUUGUCAAUUGGGAUUUGUUUAAAUAAGCAAUGAGAGAAUAAUUCGAAAGAAAAUCUAAUACAAAUCGUAAUCCUUCUUAAUAAAUUUAGGUAUAUUAACGUUAAUAAGAAAGUUUAGACAGCUUGAAAAAAGAUUUUUAAUUAUCUACUAUAAGACUAAUUGCAAAAUAUUAUAAAAAAUUAGGAGGGUAGCUUGAAUUAAGUGGAAAUUUAAUUUCUGAAGAUGUGUAAAUAGAAUUAUUGAUAAAAACUUUAGAGAAAUAAUAAACUAAUGUAUUUAACAUAGAUCAUCUAAAAGACUUUUUGAAAAAAUGUUAAGAAAUAUUUUUAAAUAAAGAAAUUUAUCUAAUCAAACUAUGCAGAAUAUUUUUAUAACUUAAAAGACCUACUCAGGAUGAAAUAGAUUCCUUGGUUGAAGCAAAAGAUGAAUAAUCUAAAUAAGCUGUCAGGGAAAAAAAAGAUAUAUAUAUAAAGUUUUAAAGAGUUAUGGCUGAUGGUUAAUUAGAUGUAUUGGCAUUAGAAAUGCUGAAUUAAACAGAUGAUGAUCAAUAUAAAAUUGAAGCGUUAUCUUUUCUUAUUCAUUUAUUAGAUUUUGGAAAUGAAUAUAUAUAGAGAAAAUUUUAUCAAUUGUUAAAGGGGGAUAAUGUGAAAUAAAAGUUUUUAGUAUUUUUAAGAGGAUUCUUUUUGACAGAUUUAGAUGUAAGAAUUAAAGAAUUAGAAUUAACUGAAAAUGAUAAUACUGAAUAUAAAUUAUGCUGUCUUAAAGUACUGUAAUUACUUUAAGCCAUGUGUGAAAAUGUUAACAUGGAUUUUCAGAGAUUUCUAGUAUUUUAAUAUGAUGAUGAUUCUUAUUAAGCAAAUAUCAAUAUCGUAAAUGAGGUUGCUAGUUUAUUAGCUGAUCUUUUAGAAAAAGGAUAAAAAGUAUUUUAUAAACUUUAAGAUAUUUACAGAUAAGCUUUAGAGAGUUUGGUUGAAUUUUCUACAGGUUAUGUGGAAAACAAAAAGGAAUUAUGUAAAAACACUAGAUUAUUUACUUUAUUAAAUUCAAUUUUGCAGAAGUAAGACCUAUAAAGUUUCAGUUAGCUUGAGAAAGAAAACAGUAUAAUAUUAAAGGAAAGACAAUUGAAUUAGUCAUUGGAGGAAGAAAUAGUGAUAGAUACAAGAGGGAUUGGUUCAGACGAAGGAAAAAAGAAAUAUGGAUUAUAUUAGACAUUGUAAUCAUUUAUUAAACUACUCUUGUUAUUGACCUAAGGAAGAGUGGAUAUUUAAUCAUUAGAAUUCAUUUUAAAAACUGUUGAUAUUUCUAUUUUGAUAAGGAUAUGUAAAUCUAUAUAUGAAGAAAGAAUCAAGCCAAAAUAAAAAAACAUAGUUUUAGAUAACAUUUGUGAUGAAUCAGAAACAGGCAUUCAUAGAUAUUGUACAAAUAGCUUAUGCCAUUUUGGUUUAAGAACAGAUGAAGAUAAUAUGUUAAUAUAAACUGGGUUUAAUAUAUUUACCAUAUGUCUGAAAUUAUCGGAACAUUUUCCAUACGAUAAAUAAUUGGACUUGUUCAAAUUUGAUGAAGAGCAAGAAGAAUAUGAAGACCUUUUGGAUAUAGAUGAUUUUCAAGAGGAAGAAUAAUAAAGAAAAAACACUUUGCCCAUCUAAAAAAUAUUACCUCUAAACAAAGGAAGCUAAUGUGAUUAUAAUUAAGAUGAUGUUGAUGGAUUGUUGCAUUAAGAUGAAAUGAAAUUUAAUGAUUUAAGCUUUAAAAAUAUAAUGAUGAAUGUUAGGAAGAACAAAAAUUAUCAAUUUGAUAGAACACAAAGAUUUUUUAAAUUUUAUAGAUAAUUUACUGGAAGAAUAGAGAUACAAAAUGAAUUCAACCAAAUAGAAAAAGUAUAUUUUUAAAAACCUUUUGUUUGCAAUUUUAUUACUCCAAAUAUUAAACAACAUUUGAUCUAUGAAAUCAAUAGAGAAACGGAUGAAGACAGAAUGUUAGGAUUGAUUGAGUUUUCUGAAUUCUAUUAGGUUCAAAUGAGGCAUUCUUAAUACAUCAACAAUAAAAAAAUUAUGCAUUUUGGUGCUGUGUAUUGGAGGUUAUUAAAGGAUUUAUCCUUCCUUUUAUGUCUAAUAUUUGUAAUUCUACUUAUAUUUAUGCAUGAUACAGUAAUCAAUAGUAAAAUAGGAUCUAAUACUGAAGCCCCUGAAGAUACUGAUGUGACAACUGGAGAAAACUUUGUCAGUUAUUUAAACAAUGUAUUGAUACACUAUUAUAUAUUAGGUAAUUACUAUUGUAUAAUUGGUUUUAAAUCUAAUUAUUGUGUUCUUUUGUGCCAUUGAAAGAUAUCCUAUUUCCAUUACAUAUAAUAGAGGUCAGACAAAUGCAAAAAGAGUUUAAAUCUUAAAAAAGGAAGCAGGAUUUUAGAUUUCAUGGUUGACGAUGAAAUAUUAUAGUUUAAUAGGAUACUUUGAAUCUGCAUUUUAAGAAGAAAAAGUGAAUCACAAUCCAAUAAAGCAAUUAAUUUUAGUGAUAUUUUUUGACUUCGAUAAUUUUUAUAAUGUAAGAUAUAUUCAUCUAUACUAGAUAUGCAUUUUUGGCCUGACUGUAUAUGCGUUCUUUAAUCCUUACAUUUAUGCUGUACUUUUAUUAGAUAUCAUCAAAAGAUCUGAAGAUCUUUAAAAUAUCAUUAGAUCAAUUACAUCAAAUGGUCGAAAUUUAGCUAUCUUUUCAUUUUUAGGAUUAAUUGGUUUAUUAAUUUAUGCUAUAAUUGCAUUCUCUAAUUUUGAUUCAAUGUUUGAUGAUGAAAGUGGAGUAUAUGGCUAGACAUUUAAUCUUGCUGUUACCUCAACAAUCAAUUUUGGAUUAAGAAAUGGUGGUGGUUUAGGGGAAUCUUUAACGAAAUAUCCGGAUGCUUAUGAUUAUCCCACAUUAUAUUGGGGUAGAUACUUCUUUGAUUUUACUUUCUUUAUCAUUUUUAACAUUCUUUUUAUCUAAAUCAUAUUCGGAAUCAUAUUGGAUACUUUUGGCGAAUUAAGAGAUGAAAGAUAAGCUUUGGUUAAGGAAAUCGAAGGGAAGUGCUUUAUUUGUAGCUAAGAGAAGAAUGAUAUUGAUACAAAGUAAAAAUUUCAAUUAUAUUCAUAUUAGAGGUACAAAAGGUUGGCAUUAUCAUAUUUACUUAGAACAUAACGUGUAUCAUAUGUUAUACUACAUUAUUUAUAUUAAAAGUAAAGAUGCUAAUGAUUGUAAUUCUUUGGAGAAAUAUUUAAAAAAAUGCAUACAAGAAAAAGAGACUAAAUUUUUCCCAUUUGGUAGAGCACUUUAAAUAGAAGAAUAAGGAGGAGAGGAAGAUUAUAUGGAUUUAAAAUGA